AUGGCCAAGAAGUCCAAGACGCCGCAGGAGUUCUUCGCCGACUUCAUGAUGGGUGGUGUUUCCGCCGCCGUCGCCAAGACGGCUGCUGCCCCCAUUGAGCGCAUCAAGCUCCUCGUCCAGAACCAGGGCGAGAUGCUCAAGUCGGGCCGUCUCGCGACCCCGUACAAGGGCAUCGCCGACUGCGCGACCCGCACCUACGCCGACGAGGGCCUCGUCUCGUUCUGGCGCGGCAACACGGCCAACGUCAUCCGCUACUUCCCGACCCAGGCCCUCAACUUCGCGUUCAAGGACUACUACAAGUCGCUCUUCUCGUUCGACCAGAAGCGCGACGGGUACGGCAUGUGGAUGGCCGGCAACCUCGCCUCGGGCGGUGCCGCCGGUGCCACCUCGCUCCUCUUCGUCUACUCGCUCGACUACGCCCGCACCCGUCUCGCUGCCGACAACAAGUCGACGGCCAAGGGUGGCGGAGAGCGCCAGUUCAACGGCCUCGUCGACGUCUACAAGAAGACCAUCGCCUCGGACGGCAUCGCCGGUCUCUACCGUGGCUUCAUCCCGUCGGUCGUCGGCAUCGUCGUCUACCGCGGCUGCUACUUCGGCAUGUACGACUCGCUCAAGCCGGUCGUCAUGACUGGUUCGCUCCAGGGCUCGUUCCUCGCGUCGUUCCUCCUCGGAUGGGGUGUCACGACCGGUGCCGGUAUCGCGUCGUACCCGCUCGACACGAUCCGUCGUCGCAUGAUGAUGACCUCGGGCGAGAAGGUCCACUACUCGUCGAUGUUCGACGCUGGCCGCAAGAUUGUCGCCGCCGAGGGCGUCUCGUCGCUCUUCAAGGGUGCCGGUGCCAACAUCCUCCGCGGUGUCGCUGGUGCCGGUGUCCUGUCGAUGUACGACAAGCUCCAGGAGCUCGUCUUCGGCAAGGUCUACUCGGGCGGCUCGGGCUAA